GCUGUUUUAAAAAAUAUAUUUUGACUUGUAAAAUGCAUGUUAUUUAAAAGAAUCUAAAGAAAUCUAUUAUACACCUUUCAUAAAGAAAACAAAUCUGUGGCUAUAUUUAUGAAAAGAUUUAAACGUAAAAGAAAAAAUAAGAAAGCGUACAUAAUGCAAGAUUCCAAACCAGAAAUACGUUGACAUUGCUGACUUGAGCAUUUGACGAGGCCAUCUGUAUCGUUCAUGUCCUUAUGGAGAAAUAUUCUUGGUUUUUCAGCUUGUAGAAAUGUGGACUCCUUCAACACUCGUGCGGACAAUGCAGAAAAGCUGAAACAUCCAUUGCUUCCGAGCGAGAAGGCUUUCGUAGAGAAUAUCGUUGGGCCCGAAAGUUGGCGAUGGAACGCGUCGGGAGACGCCCGAGCGAACAGCGGCGAAGGGAGCAAGCGUGGCGCGGAAACCGCCGCCACCGAGGCCACCGCUCCUGGAUUCCCGCCGGUGCCGCCCACCGAAGACGGUUUGAACGCACCGUUCCGCUGCGACCACUGCGGCCGCCUCUUCAUGCACAAGCGCAGCCUGCGGAUCCACGUGCGCAACCACACGGGCGAGCGCCCGUACGCCUGCGACUUCUGCGACCAGCGCUUCCUGCGCUCCGACAACCUGACGCGGCACCGGCGCAUCCACACGGGCGAACGGCCCUUCGGCUGCGAGCGCUGUGGCAAGCGCUUCUCUUGCUCGCACCACCUCACCCAGCACAGGAGGUCCUUCCAGCAUUACUGAAGCUGCCGCCGCUGCCACCACCACUGGUGUGCUGUGCCCAUGCUACCGGCGUGCAACUGCCCAGAAAGAGUCAGUCUCCGACUCCGAAAUUAAUUUAUUUGCUGUCGCUUUACUACCCCGCGAACUUCCACACGCCGGAAGGACUUAGCAAUGUUCCAUGAUGGACACAUCUUCUCCUUGACUUUAGCGUCUCGAUGAUGAUUAUCAGUCAUGAAUUUCCUCGCCAGUGAAAGGCGGUGUCACAGAUGAAGAGGAACUGCGGCAUAUGAUACUUUUCUUCGUACCAAACACUACCUUUGUUAUGGGAUCAUGAAUACCGCAGCCAGUUUAGGACAUGGAGUCCUAUGCUGCAGUCCAUGGAGGGACGACAACACGAAUGACAACGCUUUUAUACACUUGGUGUUCUUACUUGUAUCUGGAGUGCAGUGUUGUGCCUAUUAUAAUAAUUAGUUAAUGUACUGUGCUGUAUCCAAAGUGAUUAAUUGCUCUUUUUGGAAUAUGUUAAUAUUACUAGUGUUAUGAAUAAUUGUCCAUUGCUGGUGGUAAUGGUAAGUUAGAACAUUUUGUUAUACUUUAAUUUAAGUGUACAAUUAGUGUUUUAUAUAGGAAUGUGUAGAAAUAUUUUCGUGGUCCUCAUGGCCCACAGACAUUUUAAGUUUUUUUUAUACAUGUAACUGUACCUCGACACAUUCUUUUUUUCCCACUGAAGAACUUUGCCACGAGUUUUAAAUAUUUGCAUUUAACAAUCAGUAUAAUGCACGUACAACGCAACAUUAACCGUGCGUUCCGUUUGGGAUGUGAUGUGUUUGGACGUUGGGAGGUGGGUUCUAGCAAGUGUUGCUGCCGUAGUUAGCAUGCGCUAGAGUGGAAGCGGAUUUGGCUCAAUAAAUUUUGCGAGUGGGAAGGACGCCAUACAACA